ACUACGCAGGAGCUGCAGGUGUCGUAUCGGCGGCGAUGAUUAUUCAACAGACGAACGAGGACAAUGGCAAUAUAAUCACAUUCACAAGAAGCAGAGCAAUAGAUGAAAAGCUCGCCAUGAUGACUACAUCGCGAACUUGUUCAAUAAAAAUGCAUCAUGCACAUAUGCGAAGAAAAAGAUCUAUAGCUGCUAGCGUCGUCCGGUGGUCGCUGUUUCAUCUACAACUCACGGAGAUCUUCAUUCUCCUCCUGCUGCCGGGCCACGACCUCCUCCGCACAUCAACCCCGGGUGUAGUACUCGCCAGCUCCUUUCGCGGGUGGGUGAACCCCCUGAAGUACCAAUCUUUCGACCCGGCGACGGGCGAGCAGAUACUCUCGCUGUUCCCCAACCUGAACGACGGAGAAAAUGUCCAUCAGGUCGAAGCCGCAAUCCAAAGCCACGCCGAGGCAGAACACCUGUGGCGGGUAAACCUGGUGGAAAACCGACAGAGAAGCCUGGUCGGGGCCACGGACUGCGACCUCGGACUCAGCACCACGGAGUAUUUACCGCAUUUUGAGUUGCUUCUGAACUCGACAGUGAUGACAGGUAACACUGGCCGCGGUAGAAGUGGUAAAAAGAAUACGGGGAAAAGACGGAGAGGAGGACGCGGCGGGGGUGCGUCAGCGUCUAAAGACACAGCCGCGAAUAAAGGAGCUGCGAGCGCGAAAUCAUCCAAGGCAGCAGCUGCAAUAUCGUCAGCCGGUGAUGUGGUUGAGGACCACGACCUAGGGGACGACAACCACAGCGAAAACGAAGAUGCCGUUGCCACUACGUCCUCGUCUCGCCUGCUUACUUGGACUUUUCUCAACAUUGGCGCGUACGAUGGAGUGUCCGAAGAUCCCGUGUACCCGGUGGUGAAAAAGUUCCCGAAGAAAAUGCGUGGCCUCUACGUGGAAAAAGACCCGGAAAUGUGCAAACUCGCGGCGCGGAAUCUGUUCCCCACAACGCCGCAAAGCGUAGUUCUCUGUGUGGGCCUGACGCCCCGCAACGUCGUGCCGGUAGUCAAAAUGGGGGCGAGGGUGCUGUUUGAAGAGGAAACGCAAACCACCUCUGCUCCGGGAGAAAGCAAGGACAAAUCGCUGCGCAUCGUGCACGAAGAAGAAGUGCUGAAUAUUAGUGCUUCAAAGACAACAACAGCUGCUUUAGAAGGCCUGUCAAGUAACCCUGUACUCUCAACAAGUAGUACCAGUGCUGGUUUGGAUGGCCUGCACUUUGACUUGAUCAAGAUCGACAUUGAUUCCUACGACGCUGACCUUUUGGAUGCCCUGCUUCGCCACGGCUUCUCCGCAAAACACUUUCUCUUGGAAGUGAACCCAGGGAUUCCCCCUCCGCACAAGUUCGCGACGCGCUUUCACCCUAAGCUGUUCGAUGCAAUGCUGCAGCCGGAGGAUGAAAUUGUAGGGAAAAGGGACUCUAAAAGUAAAAGCAAAAGAACCAAAACUAGUCCGCAAAAACAAAAUGACUUGCUCACGUCGACAUAUUACGAAGAGGCGGAUCAUGACAGCGACGUAGACCACAGCAAAGAAGUCGUGAAGAGCAACUCCGAAGAUGAACCCGAAAUAUCUUCAAGAAACGACGUCGAUGAUGAUGCAGCUCCUGUCGUGUAUAAGAUGCACAACUGGCCGUUACGUGGUAUGAGCCUCAGCUACGCGGUGAGCGUGAUGGCCACUGCGGGGUACGAUUUCGUCACGUUUGGGUAUCACGACGCGUAUUUUGUGAAUCACCGUUAUCGCGAAAUCUACAACUUCAAGGCACCGUACGACGAAUUCGACUGUUUUCACAAGGCCUUCAUCACCAUGAACGGAAUUCUGAUCAGGCAAACGCGGGACUGGUUCUACCGCUUACCCGUGGAGAACGCACACGCGGAAAUUUUCAAGCAUAUGGUGAAGCACUCUUUGACGAAUACAGGAGGGAAGUACGCAUUUCCCUUCUCCUUGAGCUAUUGACAAAGUAGCAACAGGACGAGUAGAGACGUUGAUGUGCCAGUUUAUCUUUUCAGAGCGCCCGAUUCUGGCGCUCUACUCAUACUUCGGCGAAGCUGCUUAACAUGAGGAUGAGUGUUUAGAGUUGAUGGAAGUAAGGACGAAGCGAAGGCAAUAAAUCACGCCGAAUUUAUAAAACGGCGGAAAAUAAACCAAAGCAAACCUUGUUUACGUAACUCUAACUAGUACACCAGAUCUCAGCGCUACUCCUGUUAGUUACAACUGGGCAGCCGCUGGCGCUGUAU